AGGUAUCUCCAAUGUAUUUUAGCAGCUGCCGUGAGAGGGUUAACUCGAAACACGAAACCAAUAGCUGCUCUAUUGCUUUGAACAGUAGCAUCAAAAUUAAUUUUGAUAUACCCAAGAUCAGGAGGAUGCCAACCAGAGAACUGGCAUCAAAGUACUGAAAUUGGUGGGAGUUGAGAGACCUAAAUAUUUGAGUUUUGCUCCCUUUUUGUUGUUUAUUUCUUAUUACAAAACCACGAUACGACGCCGUUCGCUCUCUGCACGCUUUAGCCAAAAGAGCCAAAACGAGCUUUUGUUAGUGAUCCAGAGAAACUGAACCAGAAGUGCACGACAGAUCAAAUUCCGUCGUUUAUGAGUUCGUCAUCAUCACCAUUCGAGGUCGUAGAUUUCUGAAAUUCCCUCCUUGUUUUAAGCGGGAGUAUCCCAGCCAGGCGAACGAAUGGGGUCGAGUGGAGAUCCGGGUCCAGUUGAUAAGUCUGUGCUUUAUGAUCAAGAGAACCAUAUUUCUUCAGCAAUUUGGGAGGGGCAGGAGCGUAAUGUGCUUAGAUGUCACGAGCACACGUCAAUGCUUGAACAAUGGAGGCUUACACCUAAACAAAUUGAGUUGGUUGAGAAGGCUGGUUUUGGAUACUUCACAAUGAUUCCAACAAUUAGCCUUGACAAUGCACUUAUCUCCGCGCUUGUUGAAAGGUGGAGGAAGGAGACGAACACAUUUCAUUUGCCUGUUGGAGAAAUGACCAUAACACUUGAAGAUGUUGCGCUCAUACUUGGGCUACCGAUUGAUGGUAAACCUGUUAUGGGGGUAACUAGGCCAGCUGGGAAAAUGUAUGAAAAUUUACUUGGGAAAGUACCAGAAGACCUAACUGGUGGAAUGUUGAAGCUAACUUGGUUGAAAGAGAGAUUUUCUAAAUGUCCUGAAGAUGCACCGAUUGAAGAGAUUGAGCGUCAUACACGUGCUUAUCUACUAUAUCUUGUUGGCUGUACUAUAUUCUCUACAACAACUGGGAAUAAAGUCUCUGCCAUGUAUCUCCCAUUGUUUAAGAAUUUUGAUGAAGCUGGAAAAUUUGCAUGGGGUGCUGCAGCAUUGGCAUUUCUCUAUAGAGCUCUUGGUAAUGCCUCCCUUAAAUCACAAAGUACCAUAAGUGGUUCUUUGACACUCUUGCAGUGUUGGAGUUAUUAUCGCCUCAAUGUCGGUAAUCCAAAGUUUAAUCAGGAGCCAAAUGAUGGUUUCUUUCCUCUCGCACUUCGGUGGAAAGGUAGAGCUACUGGACCAAGAUCAAACAGUAAUAUUGUUACCUACCGCAAGGCCUUGGAUUCUCUUCAACCUUCAAAUGUUAAGUGGCUCCCAUACAAAGAUUUGAAUUAUUCACCCGAACUGGAAGAUAUUAAGGAGAGUUUGAUAUUGCGGGCAUCAGAGACCGUGCUUAUAUGCUUUGAUAAGGCUGAAAGACACCUUCCUGAUCGUUGCCUUAGGCAGUUUGGCAUGUUUCAACCGAUACCGAAAGAUGUACAGCGAUGGGAGAGAAAGAUUCGAUUUUCUGAUCAGGGGUUAGAUGAGACAAAGGAAACAAUUUUGCAGCUCAAAGGGAAGAAUCAAGCAGAACUGAAGGAAUGGAUAGACCGUCGACGUCGUAUCAUCCCAUAUGAGAAAAUUGUGGAUGAAAGUAUGUACAUGGAGUGGUACGACAGAAUUACCCGGAAGUUUGUGGGCAGGCCAGAAUCUUUAGAAUCUGAGUUUCAGAGAAUAGUUACUGCUAUGAGAGAAAUUGCAGAUAUAGCAGAUUCAUUAUCGAAUGAUGAGAUAGGUUUCCGAGACAGGCAAUCCCUUGAUGAGAUCAAGAACACUGCACUCAGUAGCCUGAUGGAUGUGGUUGAAGGCUCAAAAAGGAGUAGACGUAAGAUAGCCACAAAACGUAAAAGGGAAGAUGAUCCAAGUCCAACUACUGGCAAGGACGUAGCACUUGAUGUUUGGAUGUACUGAGAGUUCUUUCAUGAACUGCAUAGUUUCUAUCAAUUGUGUCUUCUGGAAUCAAGAUGUCAAAAAGUGUCCAUGUACUAAACUACUGAUGUGUUAUUAGCAUUUGCAGGUAAGUCAAAGUUCACUGUCAC